AUUAACCAAAACAUGUUGCCUUGUACUGUUAUUAUCGUUCAUACUCGUGGUAUCGAAUGUACUAUCAUCUAUGUAGAACUUCGAGCAAAACACUGACUCAGUCUAAUCCCGUAUUGUAGAGACUACAGUAGUGCCUAAUGAUGCUAAGAGUGUUACCACGGAAACUGUUCCACUGGUCGGUGCUGGAUGAAAUCUCAUUGGUUACUACAGCAACGAAAUGUUAUCCCUGUGUGACUUCCAUUGAGUGCAGCUAUAAACAUUUGUCAACAAAAUCAUCUUGUCUACCAAAGUUGCUGUAUCUGUCAAAUAGAAACUGUUCUCAACAUGCUGCAACGAGGUUGGAGGGUGAAAAGCACACUGGGAUGGAAAUAAAAUCUGCUAGUGAAAUUCUUAGCAGUCUGGACGCGGAAACUGAAAAGAAACUCAAAGUCUUUAAGAUGGAAUAUGAAGUACUUCUCCACAUGGGUGCCUUUGUUCCAGAAACCAUGACUGAUGAUACCUGGCUAAGAGUUUUAGAGCAAAAUUCCUCAUCCGCAAGAAGAAGGCUUUACAGAUUCCUGCGAAGAAAUGAAAAGCUUGAGGAGAAAAAAAAGGCUAAACAGCGGGCGAGAGAAGAAGAAAGAUUGGCAACAGAAAGUCAGACAAAGGACCGCGAGGAAUCUCCUCCCCUGGAGCCGAAAAAUACCUUUUUCUUCCAUAUUCGUCAGACGUCCAUGAAUCGUACAUAUUAUACUCGGCUGGCCCAUUCCAUGUUAUUUGGAAUACCUCUUGUGUUUGAUUUGGACUUUGAGCAGCAUAUGCGUACUCAAGAUUGUCAGAACUUGGUCUCUCAAUUCAUGAUGGCAUACGGUUUUAACAAGGUGGUACAGGAACCGUUUCACUUUGUUCUAACAGGUGCCAACCCUCAGGGUCACAUCAUGAGGAUGUUAAACAAGGGAUCGGUGGAACGCCCACUCGACUCGUUUCUCUUUACCGUCACGGAGCAGAGCUAUCUGGAUCUGUAUCCUCGGAAUAACGUCGUGUAUCUGACGCCGAAUGCUCCAAAUGUACUGAAGUCCUUCAAUCCCAAUGAUGUCUAUAUUAUUGGUGGUCUGGUGGACAAGACGUCGAAGAAACCCUUCACCAUGGCCAAGGCUAAAGAACAGAACAUCAGGAUGGCCAAGUUUCCACUGGAUGAGCACCUCAUUUGGUCACAAGGCACCAAGAGUCUCACGAUUGACCAGGUGGUACGAAUUCUCCUGGAGCUUAAAGAAUCCAACAGCUGGAAAAGAGCGCUGCAGUACGUGCCAAAAAGAAAGAUUGCUAGAGACUAUCUCCAGUAGAUCUCUCCAUACGACUGUCAGAGAUCGGUCUACCGUUUAUUAGGUUAUCUGCAGACUUCAAAAUGAACAAUGCUGCAAAUGAUUUUAUCAGAGAUGGCAAUCUCUCAGAUUUUUCUGGAAUUCCAGAAUUCAGGGCCCAAUUUCACAAAAUAUCGUAAGCCUAGUUUUGCACGUAAACGUAAAUCUACGACUAAACAACCAUUCUUAUUACUAUUAUAGUUAACAAAUAUAGUUUAAGAACACAUAUUUCUUUUU